AUGGACCCAGAGCUCGGCGCCCUCAAGCCCCGCAUCCUGGUGUGCGCCCCCUCAAACGCCGCCAUAGACGAGCUGCUGGAGAGGAUCCUGAGGGACGGCUUCAAGGGGCGCGAGGGGGGCAGCUACCGGCCGUCGGUGUGCAGGGUGGGGGCGGAGGAGGCCCUGAACGACGGGGUCAGGCAGGUGUGGGCGGAGGAGAUGGCGGGACGGCUGCUGGCGCUGCUGCCGGAGCAGUGGGCGGCGGAGGUGGCGCGGUCCGAGGCAGGGGUGACGCAGGCGGUGGCGCGCAUCCUGUCGGGCCAGGCGCGGCUGGGGCAGCUGCCAGAGGGCGACGAGUUUGCCCGCGCCAGCCGCGACCUGGUCAACGCUUUUGAAGACCACCAGCGCGCCGCUGCCGGCCUGCAACGCCUCCGCGCCGCCGGCCCCUUCGUGCACGACGCCCGCGCCCGCCGCGCAGCGCUCGCGGCGCGCAGCGGCGCCGCUGGGGGCCCCGUCGAGCGGCGCCAGGGCGGGGCCGCUGCCGCCGCGGCGGCGCCGCCGCCUGCCGGCCAGCUUACGGCCGCCGAGGCGUUUGCGGCGGCGCCGGCGCGGCUGAGGGAGGAGCUGGAGGUGGGGUUCACUGACGAGGCAGAGAUGGUGUUCACGACGCUCAGCAGCAGCGGGCGCGGCGUGUUUGCGAAGCUGCAGCGCGGCUUCCCGCUGGUCCUCAUUGACGAGGCGGCGCAGGCCGCUGAGGUGGCGGGCCUGCAGCCGCUGGUGUACGGCGCCUCCAACGUCGUGCUCGUGGGGGACCCUCAGCAGCUGCCGGCCACGAUCCUGUCGAGCAGCGCGCGGGAGGUGCAGAUGGAGCGCUCCCUGUUCCAGCGCCUCAGCCAGGCGGGCUGCCCGGUCACCCUGCUGUCCGUCCAGUACCGCAUGCACCCUGAGAUCCGCGAGUUCCCCAGCGACUUCUUCUACCAGGGCCGCCUCACCGACGCCCCCUCCGUCCUGGCGCGGGAGCCGGCACCCUUCUACUCGGCGCCAUGCGGCGUGCUCAAGCCCUACGUGGCCUUCGACGUCGCCCGCGGCGCAGAGCGCUUCGUCGGCAAGAGCGCGCAGAACGAGGCCGAGGCGCGCCUCGCCGUCGCACUCGUUUGGGAGCUGCGCCGCUUCGAGUCUGGCGCCCGCGCCGGCGGCAGCCCCGCCCAGGCGCCUGGCCGGAAGCUUCUGCGUGAGCUCGCGGUACGGCUUCUGGGGCCGAACGCCGCCGCGGCGCUGCGGAUCGAGACCGUGGACAGCUUCCAGGGCAAGCAGCUCGACGUGGUCAUCCUUUCCUGCACGCGCGCGCGGCGGGGCGGCGCCGUAGCCGCGACAGGAGGAGCAGCGGCGGCAGGCGGCGGCGUGGGGUUCCUGGCUGACACGCGGCGGAUGAAUGUGGCGAUCACGCGCGCCAAGCAGGCGAUGUGGGUGCUCGGCAGCUUCCAGACGCUGGCCGGCGACCCGACGUGGGCGGCGCUGAUACGCGACGCGCGGGCGCGGGGUCGUGUGAUUGAGGAUGCGGCGGCGGAGGAGCUGUUUCCGGACCACGUGUACCCGGGGCCGGAGAGGGAGAGGCGGGAGGCGGCGACGGCGGCGGCGGAGGAAGAGGAGCGGCGGAGAGCGGCCCAGGCAGAGCAGCAAGAGCAGCAGCAGCAGCAGCAGCAGCAGCAGCAGCAGAGGCAAGUGAUGCAGCAGCGGUUGCAGCAGCAGCUGGGUCUGCACCACGCGUACAGCUCAGUCAAGAGCCAGCAGCAGCAGCAGCAGCAGCAGCAGCAGCAGCAGCAGCAGCAGCAGCAGCAGCAGCAGUUGCAGGCGCAGCAGCAGUUGCAGCAGCAGCAGCAGCAGCAGGAUGACGCGCCCGCCGUCCUCAACGGCAGCGGCGCCGUGCCCAGCGCCACGUCAGCGUGGCUGGAGUCGGAGGCGGCGUCGCUCGGCGGGUGCCUCGGCGCCACCAGCGCCUUCGUAUCUCGCUGCCUGACCUCCGCCGCCGCGCCGCCCUCCACGCCCGCCGCGCUUCUGCGCGCUGCGCUUGCCGCGGCGCCCGCGCUGCAAACCCUCCUCCUCGCCGCCGCCGGCGGCCCCGCCGCGGCGCCACCGGAGGCGCUCGGCGCCGCGGGCGCGGGCUUCGCCCUCGCGUCGGCGUCGCCGCGCUGCGACACGCGGCUGCUCACGUGCGCGCGCAGGCGGCUACUGCCGCCCCUGGCGGUGCGGCGCGCGCGCGUCCAAGACCACGACGAGAUCGCGCCCCUGCUGCAGCGCGCCGCUGCGCGGCACCCGAGCCUCGCGCGGCUGCCUGACAGCUGCCGCCCCGACGAGCCCUUUGCGCUGACGAGGCUCAUCGGCAGCCAGGACGCAGAGAACGCGGUGCUGGUGGCGCAGCGCAAGGGGGGCGGCCAGCUGGACUAUGCGGCCAUGACACUGCCCCAUGCGGCCCUCGAGACACCUGUCUCGCCGCUGAUGACGCCCCUGCCGCCCGCCUGCGGGCCGGCGGAGGCGGCGGCUGCAUUCCCGGAGGUCCUGGUGCUGGCGCACCGCGCGGCGUCGAUCGCAGACUUUGAGGUGCGGCUUGCGGCGCCAGGUGACACACCUGGUGUGUUCUCGCUGGUGACGGGCCUGCCCGACGCGCCGGCGCUGACGGAGCGCUUCAUGCUGGCGUUGGGCCGCAGCGCAGCCGCCGUGGCGCUCGUGCGCGGCGAGGUCGUCGGUAUGGCGGCGGCGGCAGCUUCCGCCAACACGGAAGCCCUGCGGUCGGUAUUCGACCUGGACGCCGCGCUGCCGCCCGCCAGCUUCCCAUCAGAAAGCUUCGCGCUGCUGGAGGCGUGCGCCAUUAACCCCAUAUUCGAGCCCCGCGCCGGGGCGUUCCUGUCGGCGUUCCUCAGGCUGCUCAAGCGCCGCGCCCUGCUGCACGCCGCGCCGCCCGGCGCGCCGCCCCCGCCCUGCGUCGCGGCGUGCAUGGCGCAGGUCGCGCCAAGGCUGCGCACACCGGCUGGCGCGGCGGCGGCGGCGGGCGGCUGCCUGUAUGCUUUCACCAAGGACCCGUGCCACAAGCGCGCGGUGCAUUCGAGGAUUGUGGUGGUCGGCGCGUCAGAAACGGCCCUCUCCUGCGUCGAGGCGCUGCUGACCGCGCCGCGCCACCACCGCACCGCCUUCCCAAACCUCACCCUGCUCGCGCCAGCCAGCGCGCUCGCUUUCGCAGCCGCCGGCGGCAGCGCGGCGAGCGCGCAGGAGAGCGGCUGCGGCGCCGCGGAGGCGGCGGCGCGCGCGAGGGCCGCGCGGCUGGGCUUGGAGGGGGGCGCCGCGGCGGUGUUGGUGGUGGAGGGGGCGGUGGCGGCGAUUGACAUCGAGGAGCGCGCCGUGGUGCUGGCGGACGGCUGCGGCGCCGUGCCAUACGACGUGCUGGACCCCCUGCCCGCACGGAUGGCGGCCGCCCACCCGGAAGCUUCCGGCCUCGUGGUCACCGGCGCCCAGCUCGCCGCCGCCCUCAACCGGGCCGACGCCGCGCGCGACCUGGGUAUAAGCAGCGCGCUGAUCGUCGGCGGCGGGCUGGAGGCGUAUGGGGCGCUGGCGGCCCUGCUGGACUGCGGGGUGGGCGCGGACGCGAUCACGUGGGUCGCGGCCCCCAGGGAGGCCGCGGCUGCCGGCCCACCGCAGCUGCUGCGCGCGCUCGCGCGGCGCGCAGGGCUGGAGCUGCCGGCUCCGCAGCAGGGCGCGCUGCGCGCAGUCGGCGUGGCGGGCGGCAGGGACGGCGGGGCGCGCGCCGCGUGUGUCAUGGAGGUGCGCGCGCGCUUCUGCCUGCGGCCGCUAGCUCAGGCGCACUGCGUGAAUGCGGCCACCGUCCCUUAG